GCUGGUUAUAUUGUAAUAAUACAUUUCGCUAAGUUUAGAUAGAUAGAUAGAUAGAUAGAUAGAUAGAUAGAUAGAUAGAUAGAUAGAUAGAUAGAUAGAUAGAUAGAUAGAUAGAUAGAUAGAUAGAUAGAUAGAUAGAUAGAUAGAUAGAUAGAUAGAUAGAUAGAUCGUAAAAAGUCGCCCAUAGAUAUGUUUUUUUCAGGGUGUCUCCAUGGAUAAGAAAAACACAAACCAAAUGUUUGCACCGGUCGCACCAUCCUACUUGACGUAAAGUUGAGUCAGCGGGGGCGCGCUUCAUUAACCAUUUCCUUGGCUUAAAAAGCGAGCACGUAGCCCCAUCCCAGUGCUUAUAAAGGCAGAAAACUUCAUACCAAAAACAUUCAGACAAAAGAACAACGGAUGUGUGACCUGCAAAUUUCAAGCCAAAGGAACCGCACAUCAGAACAAAAUGAAGUUGAAACAUUCAUUAAAGAAGCUGGGCAAUAUCCUUCGAGCCAUUCUGACUUUUCUUUUUGCUCUGCUGGUUCUGGGAGUCAUGGUUUGGGCCUAUGUGGAGGGCUACCAGCUGGCAACAUCCAUGUAUGGGAUCAUUUCCUUUGGCUUUUACGGACUCCUGCUCUCGCUCCACGUUCUGGUCCAAAGCCUGUUCGCCCUUAUCGAGCACAGGCGGAUGAAAAGUCGCACAAAGCCAUGCAGCUAUACUAAAACAGUUGGAUUCACUAUUUCGGCUUACCAGGAAGAUCCCAGCUAUCUCAGAGAGUGCCUCAACUCUGUCAAGGCUUUGCAGUAUCCCUCUGAGCUGCUGCGUAUCGUCAUGGUGAUAGACGGUAACUCCAAUGACGAUCGGUACAUGAUGGACAUGUUCAGGGAGGUUUUUGCAGACCAGGAUCCAGGUUUCUUUGUGUGGAAAAACAACUACCACACAUGGGAUCGCACAAAUGCUCAGCAGGAUGAAGAAAUGGGAACCGGAGGGCAUGCUGAUUAUGUAAUAGGAGAGGAUCCUCAGAGAAAAGAAGUGGAGCAUCUGAUCCAGACCAAACAGUGUGUCUGCAUCAUGCAGAAGUGGGGAGGGAAACGGGAGGUGAUGUACACAGCAUUCAAGGCACUGGGAUCAUCAGUUGACUACAUUCAGGUGUGUGAUUCUGACACCAAGCUGGACCCUCUAGCCACUGUAGAGCUGUGCAAGGUAUUGGAAAGCAACCCCCGGUAUGGUGCUGUUGGAGGAGACGUCAUGAUCCUUAACCUGAAAGAGUCUUACAUCAGCUUCAUGAGCAGCCUCAGGUACUGGAUGGCUUUCAACAUUGAGCGGGCCUGCCAGUCCUUUUUCAACUGUGUGUCCUGCAUCAGUGGUCCCCUGGGCUUGUACAGGAAUGACAUCCUUCAGCAGUUUCUGGAGUCUUGGUACAAUCAGAAAUUUCUGGGAAGUCACUGCACAUUCGGUGACGACAGGCAUCUCACCAACCGUAUGCUGAGCAUGGGCUACUCCACAAAAUACACGGCUCGCUCAAAGUGCUAUACAGAAACACCUGGCCAGUUUCUUCGCUGGCUCAACCAGCAGACUCGCUGGACCAAAUCCUACUUCCGUGAGUGGCUCUACAACGCCAUGUGGUGGCACAAGCAUCACCUCUGGAUGACCUACGAGUCCAUCGUCUCUGGCAUUUUCCCUUUCUUUGUCACAGCCACCAUCAUCCAGCUGUUCUGGACGGGCUCACUGUGGGACAUUCUCUGGGUUCUUUGCUGCAUCCAACUCAUUGGACUGGUGAAAGCAGCAUACGCCUGCCUCCUUCGCCAAAACAUUGUGAUGGUCUUCAUGUCGCUCUACUCCUCCUUGUACAUGACCAGUUUGCUGCCUGCGAAAUACUUUGCCAUUCUUACAAUGAACAAAAGCAGCUGGGGGACAUCAGGCAGGCGUAAGAUGGUUGGUAACUACAUCCCCCUGCUUCCGCUGUCAGUGUGGGCUGCUAUUCUUCUAGGUGGGUUUGGAUACACAAUCUACAGGGAGAUCCAACAAAACUGGUCAAGUCCAGCCAAGAUAAUGGAAAUUAGGUUUCUUGUUUUUGGUUGUGUGGCUUACUUAUGUUACUGGUUGCUUAUGAUGUUCCUCUACUGGGCUUGGUUCCGCAGAUUAUGUAGAAAGCGCAGACAAAGCUACUCACUUAGUGUGUAGAUUUAAAGACUGAAGAUCAUUUAAAUGAAUAUAACUUUAUUUAUUUAUUUAGUUUGUCUGUGCAAACUAAAUAAGAGAUGAAAUAUUCUUAUUAUCAGUUAAAACAAUAGUGUUUCCACCAACAGAGACUUUUUGAAAGAGCUUUGUCAUUAAAAGACAAAUAUUUUACUGAUACUGAGAUAUUUUUACACAUCACAGAAGUAUCUGAACUGAAGUUUUUGGGGUUGUUGUGAAACUUCAAGCUUCUCUUGAUUAGGGAAAAAUAAAGCAGACUACCUGUUAUAAGAUAUUUAUGAUAGUUUAAUCUGGGAAAAAUAUAUUGGUCAUUUCUAGAAUGACUAUAAUCUACUGAUAAUACUAUAGUGCAUGUAUAUAGUUGUUGAUAUAUUUAUGAAGAUUAAGUUGUCCCUUUGUCAUGCUUUUCCUUCAUUGCACUGAAUACUGAAUGCUGCAUCUCUGGGGUUUUGCAGAUUUACUUGAAACUUGCACACUGUAUGUAGAGUACACCACACUGUGAAACAUCAACAAGCAAAAUGUCAUCUCUGAUCAGUGCCUGAAGUUGUGAAUUAUAACAGUUCAUCAUUCAUUUUGUAUUACAGUUGGUUUACUCAUUAUGUGUAAAGUACUUUACAAAUGCACUUUGUUUCUUGGAAUUUGAUGAAUUGAUGCAUUUAUAUAUUUGUUCUCUAGUUGUGUCUUGGCUGUAAAUGUUAAAAAAUGUAAAACAAUGUGAAAUGUUAUUUUAUUCUGCUAAAAAAAUGUUUUUAAUUAAAG